AUGUACAAACGCGCUGUAGGUCAUUUUUAUCACCAGGGAAGCUACUUGGGCAAUGGCACUCGCUAUCCUCACAGUGCACCCGGCCCAAUCACAGAUCACCAUCACAAAGCAAGCCGUGGUGUUAUCUAUCCCCCUCCCGAGCCAACUUGCAGUAGUCUUGACCCGGUGGGUGAUCGGCCUUGCAACCUGCCACCUCAGCCAUCCGCCAAGCCACAACCUAAGAAACAGCGCAAGAAACGAGCAGCUACCUCUGGUUCAACAACUCGAACAGCUGCAACUGCUCCCAGGAAGAAUGCUCCCAAACCUACGCUUGAUGAGAAUGCUCCUGCUGCUGAUGGUUGUCACCAUCCUCUUCCCGCCUCAAUCCGAUCAGGUGUUAUUACCAAACUCGAGGGGGCAGCAAAUGAGUCUUGUUCCCUGAAUCUUCCCCCCAAUGCUGAUGAUCCAUCUCGCAACAAUCCUACCCCAUCCCUUCAUGUAGAUGAGCGAUCUCGUAAUAAUCCUGCCCCAUCCCUUCAGCAAGGUCUGAGAUCAGCCCCGCCGCUCAAAGGUGUAUCCGAUCCACUCCCCAGAAAGAACAAGAAGUGUAAUCAAAGCCAGGGUGAAGACGGUCGCAAACCAUCCGAUUGGAUUUGCUUCCGGAAGACACAGCCCGCUCGUGAUGUCUUUCGUGGUCGAGGCAAGCGGGGGAUUGCUCAGAAAGAUGGAAUGGCUUGGGUAUCAGAGCUUUAUGAGGCAGCCGGACAAAAGCUACCUGCAGACGCCAAGGAGGAUAGACCAUCCAAAGCUGGUGAUCAAUCCAAUGUACUCACCCCAUCUGAGCUAGCGCUUGACAACAACUCCAAGGCAGACAACAAUAGUGGGGUGGCCGCUGCAUCCCUUGCCUCUUCUAGGGUGGGUCCUCCAGGAUUGCGGGCCACUGUUUUGCUGGCUCAAGCAUCAGGUUGUGUUCAAGAUUUCUUGGAUGCCUGGGCGAUUCAGAGCGACCAAACGCGUGCGCUCCGACAAGUCUAG